AAAUGACAACAAGUAAGAAAACGAUUUUAGGAAUGCUAUAGAAAUUUAUUUCCAAUAACAGAAUGGAAGAUACUCAUUGCUCUUAUGAGCUAGAGUUUGAGACACACAGGUAUGGGAAAGAUUUGAUUUGACGAGAUGAUGGUAAACCCC